AUUCAAUUUAUAUUAGUGUCACUCGUGAAAAGGUAGUGUUCAAACGGUACCGCGUUUGCACAGUGAAAACAAUGUUCGGUUUUAGUGGUGUAACCAGUUUCUUGGCAUAUUUCCUGAUAAUUCUGUUCAUUGUACGCAUUACUUAUGUGUUGAUAAUAAAGAAUUGGAGCUAUUUUACGGAACGCAAUGUGAAAUUCGAAAGAGGUUUACCAAUACUUGGUACUAUGUACCAAAUAUUUUUGGGAAAAUUACCAAUGGCAUUAUCAUCGCAAGCUAUUUAUCAAAAACAUUCGCAACAUCGAAAAUUUGUUGGAAUGUAUGAAAUGGGUGGAAGGCCAUCAUACAUGGUCAUGGACCCCAAUUUAAUUCGUGACAUUACAAUUAAGGAUUUCGAUUAUUUUGUAAAUCAUUUUUUCCAAUUGGAUAAGGAGCUCGAUCCGCUCUUGGGUCGUGCACUGUUCGGAAUGUCAAAUCAACCUUGGCGUGAAAUGAGAAGUACACUCAGUCCAUUAUUCACUGGCAGUAAAAUGAGGCAUAUGCUAUCGUUAAUGAACGAAUGCGUAAUCGACUUUAAUUCGAUUAUUCGAACCGAAAUUUCAUCAAAAUCAAAGACAAAUAGCCUGGAAUUUGAUAUGAAAGAUUUGAUGAUGCGAUUAGCAAACGAUAUCAUUGGAACCGUUGCAUUUGGCAUUCAAUGUAAUUCAUUACGUGAACCAGAUAAUCAAUUUUUCAAAAUGGGAAAAGAAAUGGCAUAUGCUUUGAUGGGAUUGAAAGCAUUAGUAACGAUUUCAUUUCCAACACUUGCAUCAUGGCUUCGGUUGCAGGUUUUAAGCGAUCAGCACACGACAUUUUUCCGCUCGGUCAUACAUAGUGCCGUUGACGAACGACAGAAAAAGAAAAUUGUACGCAAUGACAUGUUGCAUUUAUUGUUAUUGGCCAAAGAAGGUAAAUUACAUGAACAAAUUAAGGAAAAUGAAGUUGAUCAAGAUACUGGAUUUGCAACCAUUGCCGAGGUUAUCCAAUCAAAAACAUCGGAAAAAUUGAAAAAUUGGACUGAUGAUGACCUAGUCGCUCAAGGUAUUGUAUUUUUCUUAGCCGGAUUUACGGGCGUUUCAACAACAUUAAACUUUUUGUGCUACGAAUUGUCGUUGAAUUUGGAAAUUCAACAGCGUCUUUAUGAGGAAAUUUUGGAAACAAAGGACCAACUCAAUGGCAAACCACUGACAUUUGAAGCAUUACAAAAGAUGCAAUACAUGGAUAUGUGUAUAUCGGAGGUUUUGCGAAAGUGGCCGAUUGGCGUGCAAAUGGAUCGUUGUGUCACCAAACAAUAUUUACUAGAAGAUGGUGAUGGGACAAAAGUGUUGUUACAGCCAAACGAUCGUAUCUGGAUCCCCGUUUACGGUAUUCAUUUAGAUGCAAAAUAUUUCCCAAAUCCAGAACGAUUUGAUCCAGAACGAUUUUCGGAUGAAAACAAAAGAAACAUUCAACCAAAUACCUAUUUGCCAUUUGGAAAUGGUCCGAGAGCGUGCAUUGCUUCGCGAUUGGCAUUGCUCGAAUUAAAAGCGAUUUGUUAUCACAUUCUGUCGGACUUUAAAAUUGAAGUAUCUCCGAAAACACCAACCACAAUAAAAUUGAAGGGUGGCACCAACGCACUGGAACCAGUCGAAGGAUUUUUCAAUCAACUCACACUACGAAAUUGAAAUUGAAUACCACACACUUUCUAAUGUAUUAUUAUUGUUCUUUAUAAUUAUGAAUUUUUAAUCAAAUAUGAAUCAUUCGUAAUGAUCGAAUAAGAUUUGGAAUUUGUUUCAUUGACAUUGAUUGAUUGAAAAAUCUAUAAAUAAAUUGCAAAUAAAUACUUCUUGA